AUGGUCAGGAAGAGGAAAGCGAGACUUCUUUCUUCGACUCGACCAAAAGCGAUCGAGCAGUGCCCAAAGCUUUCUAGUCCUGGUAGACGCUUCGUGGUUAAGCAACAUCAUUUGCUUCGCAAACAGAUGAGAAGAGCGGUGACCCAUGGCGACAUUCAAACAAUUGAUGAAAUCAAAGCUCAGUCAGGCGCAGAUGGAGCUUUACGUUCAUACCAAUCGGCGAGUAUUCAGGGCCAGUCCGCUGAACGUGGGGGUGACUCGAGCAAGAUACUUGUCGAGUGGUUCAAAGGGAUGGAAGUCUCCACCAGCGCAAGUGCUGAAGCUCACGGAAGACUCAAAUUGUUGGAAGUUGGAGCUCUCAGAACUGAUAACGCGUGCGCACGAAGCAAGAUAUUCGACGUGGAAAGACUAGAUCUACAUUCUCAACAUCGCUUGAUCAAGAAACAAGACUUUAUGAAAAGACCUAUACCAACUCCAAAUAUGCUUCAUGAAAUGGGGUUUGAUGUUGUCAGUCUUAGCCUAGUUCUCAAUUUCACUGAAGAUGCCAAAGAGAGGGGCACGAUGCUGAAACGUGCCACCAGCUUUCUGAGAGAGCCGAAUGACAAUGCUAGCGAGUAUGGUGCAACUCUUCCGUGCCUCUUUCUGGUACUUCCCGCUGCCUGUGUGACUAAUUCUAGGUAUCUGGAUUCAGUCCAGCUGGAGAAGAUAAUGCAGGUUCUAGGUUACAGCAAAGUAAGGGAAAAGAUCAGUGCCAAACUUGUCUAUUAUCUCUGGAAAUACGAGAGCAUUGAUGUGCCGGCAACAGAUAUUCACAAGAAGCGGGAGGAUGCCGCUUCCGCAUUGGGCACAGAAUUCUCGGUGAAGCAACGUACCGCUACCAUUGUCGGCCUAAUGGAUGGCGGGCUUCUUGCUCUCCUCGGUGUACUUGAAGGCCAAAAUGGGAACUUUGGUUGUCAAGCCAAAAGCGCCCUCCAAAAAUUUCCGAACUACCAUCAGCUCGAUACUACCGUUGACCUGAUCUGGUACGCGGACUUCAUUGUUGUUGCAAUGGCAGAGUGA